AGCCCAUAAUAAUUGUACAAUAUAAGUAAUAAUAAAUAAUAAUGUUAUGUUUGUGCAUGACAAUGGUAUUUUCAGUUUUCAUAUUUUCGAUUUAGCUGUAAAUAGUAACAAGACGUGCUAACUACUCCGACCUACCACCUGCCCAAACGUCGACGAUUGUGAAAAUAUUGAUAACUCGUACUUGAUACCUCUCGACUCUCGAGUUUCGUGAUAUUCACGAACGAUAAACGCUAACAAUUAUAGAUUUUUUUUUUGUGUGAUAAAUAAUAUUACAUAAAUCUAUUUAAAAGACUUAACAUGGUCCACUUGCACCGAACAACAAACUAUGAGGAGUUUAUUGCGCUCAUGAAAAUAUUGGAGGAAUCCAAACAGCAGACUUUUGUCGUUUUCACCGGCACGCCCAACGAGAGUGGCGAGAGUUGGUGUUCAGACUGUGUUGUUGCCGAUCCAGUCAUCAAGAAACAGAUCGAACACAACGAAGAACAUCUAAAAGACACAAAUAUUGUAUAUGCUCAAGUUGGCAAAAGAGAAGAAUGGAAGAAUAACAAUGAAAAUCCAUUUAGAUUGGAUAAAAAAAUACGGUUGCAGUUUUUACCUACACUGCUUAAAUGGGGUACAUUACAUAAACUUCAAGUGGAAGAAUGUUUGAAACCCGAUUUACUUAACAUGGUCUUCAAUGACACAGAAGAUGAUUCUUAAAAUACACAUAUUUAUAAGAAAUAUUGCCAACAAUAAUAAAAAAUUUUAAAUUGAAUAGKUUCA